CUGACAUGAGGCACCGGGGGCUCCCGUGCUGUGAGUGGCUCGAGCGCCUGUAGUGACGUCACUGGGCGCGCAGUUCGGGCUCGGUAUAAUAGCGCAGUGUGAGAUGCUGCAGCCAGUGAAGUGAAGGAGAGCGGAGCGGAGGUUGUCACUGUCCCCGUUAGUCACCUGCCCUGUUUACCCCGGAAUGCGUGAUACCCCCUCCUGCUAGACCGAGGACUUACCGUGCACGAUGGACACCUACCGGACGUGCCUGCUCGUAUGUUGCCUCCUGCAGCUCGUUAGCGCGGCCAGGCUGGGAAAGCCGCAGCAGCAUCGGAGCUGUCCCGGACCGUGUGUGUGUGAACAGGACAGGAUGAUGAUGCGGGUGGACUGCUCAGACCGGGGGCUCACCGCCGUGCCAGCUAAUCUUAGCACCUACACGUCCUACCUUGAUCUCAGUAUGAACAACAUAACCAAGCUGCCCUCUGGCACAUUGCAUACAUUGCAUUAUCUGGAGGAACUACGUCUUGCAGGAAAUGACUUAACAUAUAUUCCCAAGGGAGCUUUUGCUGGACUCAGCAGUCUCAAAGUUCUGAUGUUGCAGAAUAACCAGUUAAAACAAGUUCCAAGUGAUGUUUUCCAUAACCUUCGCAACCUUCAGUCUUUGCGAUUGGAUGCCAACCAUAUCAGCUAUGUGCCACCUAACUGCUUUAUUGGUCUGAAUUCACUUCGUCACCUGUGGUUGGAUGACAAUUCUCUGAGUGAUAUUCCAGUUAGGGCCCUGGAAACUUUGUCAGAUCUACAAGCCAUGACACUGGCAUUGAACAAGAUUCGACACAUACCAGAUCAUGCAUUCAACAAUCUCUCCAGCCUUGUGGUCUUACAUCUGCAUAACAAUAGGAUCGACUCCCUGGGAAAGAAAUGCUUUGACGGGCUCCACAGUCUGGAGACUUUGGAUCUGAACUACAACAGUCUAGACGAGUUCCCUGUUGCAAUCAAGACCCUCAGGAACCUUAAAGAACUGGGAUUCCAUAGUAACAAUAUAAGGUCAAUUCCUGAACAUGCAUUUAUUGGGAAUCCUUCGCUUAUUACAAUCCACUUCUAUGACAACCCUAUUCAACAUGUUGGGAGAUCUGCAUUUCAGCACUUGCCAGAGCUCCGGACACUUAUUCUCAAUGGGGCUUCCCAAAUUACAGAGUUUCCUGACUUAACUGGAACCACAAGCCUGGAAAGUCUAACAUUGACAGGCGCACAACUGGUCAGUGUCCCGGAUAUAAUCUGUGAUCAGCUACCUAACCUUCAAAUGCUAGAUCUGUCAUAUAAUCUGAUCAACGAUUUGCCCAGCUUCUCAGGGUGUCAGCGAAUUCAGAAGAUAGAUUUGCACCAUAAUGAAAUCUAUGAAAUUAGAUCCAGCACCUUUCAGCAGCUGACUGUCCUGAGAUCCUUAGAUUUAGCCUGGAACAAAAUUAGAUAUGUUCAUCCUCACUCAUUUUCAUCUUUACCUUCCCUUAUUAAACUGGAUCUUUCUUCAAACCGUUUGACUUCAUUCCCUGUUACUGGUCUACAUGGUUUGACUCAUCUAAAAUUAACAGGAAAUACUGCUCUACAAGAACUGAUUCCAUCAGAACAUUUCCCAAAGCUCAGGGUUAUGGAAAUGCCGUAUGCCUAUCAGUGCUGUGCCUUUGCGGUCUGCGAAAGUGUCUUCAAACAGUCAAGUCAGUGGAGCAAAGAUGACAACAGCAGUGCUGAUGAGUUUCAUCGAAAAGAUUUGGGAACACUACACGUACAAGAUGAUCGGGACUUUGAUGAUUUUCUUCUUGAUUUUGAAGAAGAUGUAAAAGCUCUUCACUCUGUGCAGUGUACACCAUCACCAGGGCCAUUCAAACCUUGCGACCACCUGUUUGGAAGUUGGCUGAUCCGGAUCGGAGUGUGGCUGAUAGUUCUCCUAGCCUUUAUCUGCAAUGCUUUGGUGAUCACCACUGUCUUCAAACAGCUAUCAUAUAUUCCAUCCAUAAAGCUUCUUAUUGGCCUCAUAGCCAUUAUGAACACAUUGAUGGGCCUUUCCAGUGGGGUUCUGGCUACUGUUGAUGCUUUGACCUUUGGAAAAUUUGCUCAGUAUGGGGCUUGGUGGGAAAAUGGAGUUGGUUGUCAGAUAACUGGAUUUUUGUCCGUGUUUGCAGCAGAAACCUCCAUCUUUCUCCUAACUGUGGCUGCACUUGAGCGAGGCUUUUCUGCAAAAUGUUCUAAUAAGUUUGAAUCAAAAUCCUCAUUUGUAAGUGUCAAGUUGUCUAUUUGCUUUUGCUUUAGUCUUUCCCUGGUGAUCGCAGUGUCACCACUGUUGAGUGGCAGUACAUAUGGGACCUCUCCAUUGUGUUUCCCACUGCUUUUCGGUGACCCUUCCUCUAUGGGCUUCAUGGUUGCUUUAGUCCUCUUGAACUCACUAUGCUUCCUUGUAAUGACCGUUGCCUAUACCAAACUCUACUGCACGUUGGAAAAAGGGGAACUGGAGAAUGUGUGGGACUGCUCAAUGGUAAAGCACAUAGCUUUGCUCCUCUUCACUAACUGCAUUCUCUACUGUCCAGUGGCCUUCUUGUCCUUCUCCUCACUGUUAAAUCUUACAUUUAUUAGUCCAGAAGUGAUUAAAUCAAUCCUCCUGCUCAUUAUCCCAUUACCUGCAUGCUUAAAUCCUCUGUUGUACAUUCUAUUCAAUCCACAUUUUAAGGAAGAUAUUGGUGGUCUGAAAAGCACAGAUAUGCUGUGGAGCAGAUCUCGACAAACUAGCAUGUCCUCUAUUAAUUCUGAAGAUGCUGAAAAACAGUCCUGUGAUUCCACACAAGCCUUGGUGACCUUCGCAAGCUCCAGCAUUUCAUACGAGUACCCACCCAGUCCUUCAUACCAAAUGACUGAAAACUGUGCUUUAUCAGCUGCAACAUACGUGUCUUGUCACUGACAACAUGUCCUCACUGACGGUACCGGCUCUUGUAAUCUGUAAAGCACAAGCCUUCCUUAUUCACUAUUAUUGAGAGAAUAGUAUCAGUUUGUCUUUACUGCAUUCAUAUGAAACCAAUCAGCUAUGCUAUUUCUCUUGGAUAUUGCCUGAACGAUAAACCUCAGGAUUUACCAUUAAUCUUUUACAGGGUCAUCUUGCCUUUCCAUCACAUCAUUUCCUCUAAUUAAACCAAAAACUGAAUGUCCAGAAUGUUGUCAAUAUACUCCCAGCUGCCAAGACCUCAGUAUUCAUAAAAUAUGCUUCAGAGCUGCCUCCAAAAAGGGAACAGCUUGACUUCAAAUCUAUUAUCUGCAGAGCUCACAAUCUAAUGCAGAGCACCACUAGUGACGCAAUAUUGUUGGAUUCACAACCCAGUGUGAAAUGAUGUUUCAUACAAAGCUGCUCUAACACUUGCCUUUACAGAUCCGCCAUUGUUGGCAAGGAAGCCUGCAAUCCCUUUUUAAGUUAUCUGAGCAUAAUAAAAAGCAUUUUUUUCCAAUAAUUAAUUUGCAACCAACUGCUGAAGCCUUAAAAUAAUGUCAUUUGGGCCUCUAAAGCAACAGUGGGUAGGUUAAAGAUAAAGACUAUUGACGGCUUACUUUCUCAAUACAAUUGAACUUAUAUAAACACUAAUGCACUUACUAUGCCAUGUCAAUAUAUGUGACCACCUAAAGGGAAUCUUUCAUGUCUAUAAGAGUUGCAGACACAUUUGGAUGGCUGUUAUACCUUUCCUAUAGCUGAUGGUGGUUGCCAAGCUUAAAAGAUGUGUGCUUUUAUUUCUCAGCCAAGUGUCCAGAAGGUGGUACCAUGCUGCUCAAGCGCCAUAGCCGGGCAUGCCUUAUUGCUUGCCAUGACCUCCCAGACCUUCCUUGAUUGACAUACAGGGCCCUGUACAAAAGUCAAGGAAGGGCUGGGAGGCCAUUGUAGGAAUCUACAGGCUGUGGAGUCAGUAAGCCAAACUUCUCACUCCAGCAUAAUUGGUUUUCAUCAUUUUGUAAAUAAUGAAGCAACUUAGAUACAUAUUAACCACAAAUAAUAUUAACAAUAUUUAAUAUUUCUAUUCUAAAGCCAGAGUUCAUAGAUUUCUACCAGCUCUAACUUCUCCCAAAACUUGCCAACUCCAUAACACAAACUGCCCUGUGGAUCUGUAAUGCUGUUAGUCCAGCUUGGUAGAACCACAUGUGGUACGGAAAUUACACCUGGAAUAUUAAUGAUUAAACAUGGAUACAGUAUGCCUGUCUGAAUCAUUUGUUAUAUGUAUACAUAAAACUCUUGAGCACUUGCAGGAAGCUGUUACAAUAUACCGUAUGUGUUACAUGAUCUUUUAAAUUUGACAAUAAUGUUAUUUCAUUGUAUAUAAAACAUACUCUGCAGUAUCUGCUGCUGCAAAUGACAGGUACUGAGAGAAAUAUGAUAGAGGCCCUGAGUCUCAUGCCUUUUUAUCACCGCAGGGCAGGAUGAAUUGAUCCCACUGAUAAAAGCUGAUCAUGGAGGUUCCCAGCAGCAUCCUCUAAAUCCAUUGGUCUCCACUGGACCCAAAACCCCAAUCCCUGUAUCCAUUUAUGUUUAAUAUUUUGAUAAACAGGCAGCUAUGAUCUUAGCACAAACCCAACAAGCAUAAUAAAGUGUUUUAGUGAAAUUGGGCAGAUAGUCUACCAUCUCCUUCCACAUGACUUGGGAACUUAUCGUUACUGAAUGUGAACGUAGGUAACAGAUGCUACAAUCAAACUUUUUAUUGCAGGCAUACCGCUAUAGCUUUAUAUAGGGUUUUCAUAUUUUUCUAAAUAAAAUCAAAACAGCCAUAUAAACUAAAGUUGGCACUGCCAUCCAGCUCAUACUCCAUUCUAGAUUCCAAUUAAUACAUUGUGGGAAUCUAACGGUACUGGAGUUGGAAGAGAUUUAAACACAAGCAUCAACACCUCAUUCGAUCAUCCUUAUCUUUUUUAACUGCUUAAAGGGGUAUUCCGGCUUUAUACAUCUUAUCCCCUAUCCAAAGGAUAGGGGAUAAGAUGUAUGAUCGCAGGGGCUCUGCCGCUGGCCGUGACGUCAUGUCCCCGUCUCAGAGGCAGCACCGGCACAGAAUGCCGGAGGCUGCAUUGGGAUCUGCCGGGAGCUGCAUCGGGAUCGCGGGGUCCCCAGCGGCGGGACCCCUGCAAUCAUACAUCACGAUGUAUAAAGCUGGAAUACCCCUUUAAGCAGUUAAAAAGAUAAGGAUGAUGGACUGAGGUGAUGAUGCUUGUGUUUUUUAUAUAUAACAGGCCUAAAAUCCAAUCACUUGUAGGAAAUGGGGAAACAUUUAUGGACAGAACAUUGUAUAAAAUACAUAUAAAUGAAGUUGAAGGCUCUCCUAUAAAUAGAUACAAGGUUUUAUUUUUAUAAGCAUGUUUGGAAUAUUGUGAUUAGAUAAGUGUAACUUUGACAUGAGAAAUACUUAAUUUUUAUGAGAUUUGUAAAUAUAGAACUGUAUUUAUUACUUUGGCAAAGAUACAAUAACAUCAAAUGGUAUAAGUGGAAACAGUUUCAACAUGUUUAUUCUGCUCAUUGGUUUUACUAAGGGUGUUAUCUGUAUAUACUGUAUAUAAAAGUCUAGUGUCUGUACAUAGGUAAUGCCUGCUUGCUUUUAUAUUGGUGUAACAAAAAUAUAUGCAAUUUGUAAUAAAAUUUGUAAUGAA